AUGAGUGGAAAACACAUAAAGUUAAGUGGUGCUGAAUUUCGCAAAAGAGCUGAGAAAAAAAAUAAAAAAGAUAAACUGAAAAUUUCUCAGACGCCUAAAAUUCAAAGUUUAUUCAAAAAGUUUAGUUCCACCGAUUCAGGAUUUACUGAUUGGAAAAAAUGUUUAGAAAAAGUUGAACAACACGAAAAAAAUUUGAUGCAUAAUGAAUCUAUUCGCAUAUGGUUCUCAAGACGUAAAUUAACUACAGGUAUUGAUGUUGAGUUAAAAAUUGAACUUGAAAAACGAGAACUUUAUUGGAGAAGUAUAAUUCACCGUUUAAUUGAAGAAACAGUUAUAUUUUUAUCAGGCAGAGGUCUUGCAUUUCGUGGCAAUAAUGAGACGCUGGGUUCUAAAAAUAAUGGCAAUUAUCUCGGUUGUUUAGAAUUAAUUGCGAAAUUCGAUCCAUUAAUGUCCAAACAUCUUGACGAAUACGGUAAUAAAGGCCGUGGAAAUGUCUCAUAUCUGUCCCACACUAUUUGCGAUGAGUUAAUAACACUUAUGAACAAAUCUGUACUUUGUAAUAUUGUAAAUGAAGUAACGGCAGCUAAAUAUUUCUCGUUAAUCGUAGAUUCUACUCCCGAUAUCACAAAAUUAGAUAAAUUAACAAUUGCUAUUAGAUACGUUAAUUUAGAUGGGACUGCAAUAGAACGAUUUUUAUGUUUUAUUCCAUCGGUUGGACAUAAAAGUAAAGAAAUGGAAGUCGCAAUAUUAACGAAAUUAACUGAAUUAAAUAUCAAAAUAAAUUAUUGUCGUGGACAAUCCUACGACAAUGCCAGAAAUAUGUCCGGUAUGUACAAUGGUUUACAAGCUCGAAUCAAAUAA